AUGGUGAAAGUCGGAGGAAAGAAAAUUCAGCUAUUCUCGAGUCCUGGCCGCGGAUCGGUUUUUGAGAACAGAAAUCAAGUGCUCAAUGUUGGCUCUCAGAUGUUGUUCUCUUUGCUCCUGUGCGGGCUGGCCGAAGUUUGGCUCUCCGAGCACACCGAAGAGCACAUAAUGCAAUAUCCGUGGCUCCACGAAGAAGAAUACCUGAAACGACAGCUUCACGUGGCACUGGCCUUCAUCUCGGUUCUGUGUAUGAUGAGCGCUUCGCGGAUAAGCGCUGCCUGUCACGUACAUUUCUGUCUGAAGGAGGACUCGCAACAAGGUGAUAUGAGAGCGCUGAGCUACGCUGCGAGCCGCACGCGAUCUCAGCGCUUCAGAGCGAUCCUGGCAGAGCUCGCCCUAACAAUGCUACAGGGAACUUUGUCUUCGGUAUUAUCCCCGUUGAUCGUGCUCCUUGUUUACGUCAUCACCAUCGGCGCCAAUACUCUCCUUGGUUUCCACUACAAGUUACAUGAGCACCUCACUGUCGAGGCAGUGUCUGAUCUGAUAUACGUUUCCCUGCAAGCUGCAACUGCCACAGCUUUGACCCUCUACGUCCCCUUGUACUCGCUGACUUACGCUCUGAGAGCCAUCCGUCUGGACCCCGACAUAGUGGUUGUGCCACUGGCCAGUGUUGCCGGCCACUUCGUUUACAUGGAGCUUUUUGUGAUGAUCCAUCGUGCUCCAAGCUCCGCAUCAGCCUUCCUCCUGACGAUCGAUAUCAUACUUUCGCUGUGCUAUUUCGCUACGAAAUCAUCUCAUGGCAUGUUCCCGAUUGGGGAUCUCGUUCCGGCGAUCGCCAUGACAGCCGUGCUUUCCAUGCAAUUCGCGACGGUGAGUUCGGGAGUCUACGAGAAAUAUCCCAAGAUCGAACUCAUCUUCUCGUUGACUGGAUUCCUCGCCAUCAUCCAUGCGUCGCACGUCAGUACCUCCCUUCAGGUGGAAACAGCUCGAUGCACUCCGUACAAGUUUCCUGACGCGACGCUCUUCGGGAGCGAGAAUGAACUACUACGAGUUGCCCUCAGCCUCCUGGUGACACCAUUCAUUGCACCGCUUCUUUCCCUUCAUUCCGGCUUGACGAAGAGCGGCUUCUCGAGCUCUGAUGUGCUCCUCCACAUUGGAUUUUGUUUGAUUUGGCUCCCGAUCGUACUCUUGAUCGCGAGAUGGUCUAAUCAUUUUAUACGACAUUACUACGGCAAAGCCGUAAGAGCCGGCUGCCCGACAAUAUCUUUACUGGAGUUGACUCAACGGCUGAUGCAGAGCACGAUCUACGUUUAUAUUGUAUGGGCAAGAGGGAGUUUUUCCGAGGAGAUCGCGAAACCGUAA